UGCUGACGGGUUUUCAUCCCCAGACAGCCCUCGGGCCUGCUGGUGACAGCCACCGCCGUCGCGUCCGAGCGUGGGUCCCAGAGCCUGGACUGCCGUGGCGGACACGGAGUUUCCCGUCCCUUCCACAUGCUGUCGAGCGAGAUCGGACGUGUACAAUUAUGAUCCAGAUGUGGAUGUGAACGAGUGUGGUUAGACUGAAUAUUCAAUAAUGAGUGGUGCAGCUUUGGGACUCGAGAUUGUUUUUGUCUUUUUUCUGGCACUAUUUCUACUUCAUCGAUAUGGAGACUUUAAGAAACAGCAUAGACUUGUAAUUGUUGGAACUCUGCUUGCUUGGUAUCUCUGCUUUCUUAUUGUCUUCAUAUUGCCUCUGGAUGUCAGUACGACGAUAUACAACCGAUGCAAGCAUGCUGCUGCUAACUCCAGCCCUCCUGAGAAUAACAACACUACAAGAUUACAUGCAACUGCUAAUCCAGCUCCAAGCCAACACCCAUGUUUUAAGCCAUGGAGUUACAUUCCUGAUGGAAUCAUGCCAAUUUUCUGGAGGGUAGUAUAUUGGACAUCACAGUUUUUAACAUGGAUUCUGUUACCUUUUAUGCAGUCAUAUGCAAGAUCAGGAGGAUUUUCCAUCACUGGAAAGAUUAAAACUGCUCUGAUAGAGAAUGCAAUAUACUACGGCACUUACUUACUGAUUUUUGGAGCAUUUCUAAUUUAUGUAGCUGUAAACCCACGUUUGCAUUUAGAAUGGAACCAGCUUCAAAUGAUUGGGAUUGCUGCUGCAAAUACAUGGGGUCUGUUUCUUCUUGUGUUGUUGUUGGGAUAUGGCUUGGUGGAAAUACCUCGAUCAUACUGGAAUGGAGCAAAAAGAGGUUAUCUACUUAUGAAGACUUAUUUUAAGGCAGCCAAACUCAUGACAGAGAAAGCAGAUGCAGAAGAAAAUUUAGAAGAUGUUAUGGAGGAGGUUCGUAAAGUGAAUGAAAGCAUCAAGUAUAACCACCCACUGAGAAAAUGUGUUGACACAAUACUUAAAAAGUGUCCUACAGAAUAUCAGGAAAAAAUGGGUAGGAACAUGGAUGAUUAUGAAGAUUUUGAUGAAAAGCGUAAUACUUAUCCAAGUGAAAAAAAUCUGGUAAAAUUGCAUAAACAGGUGAUUUAUUCAGUUCAGAGGCAUCGUCGAACUCAAGUACAAUGGCAGAUUCUUUUGGAACAAGCAUUUUAUUUAGAAGAUGUAGCAAAAAAUGAAACUACUGCUACUCGUCAGUUUAUUCACACCUUUCAAUCACCAGAGCCAGAAAAUCGAUUUAUCCAAUAUUUUUAUAAUCCUACAGUUGAAUGGUAUUGGGAAUGUCUUUUGCGGCCGUGGUUUUACAGAGUCCUUGCUGUGGUUUUGUCCAUCUUUUCUGUGAUUGUUGUGUGGUCGGAAUGCACAUUCUUUAGCACUACUCCUGUAUUAUCCCUCUUUGCAGUCUUCAUACAGCUGGCAGAAAGAACAUACAAUUAUAUUUAUAUUGAGAUUGCUUGUUUUCUUUCCAUCUUUUUCCUAAGUAUCUGUGUUUAUUCUACCGUGUUCAGGAUUCGUGUAUUUAACUAUUAUUACCUGGCUUCACAUCACCAGACUGAUGCUUACAGUCUUCUUUUCAGUGGCAUGUUAUUUUGCCGUUUGACUCCUCCAUUAUGUCUUAACUUCUUGGGUUUGACCCAUAUGGAUUCAACCAUCUCUCACCGGAAUACUCAGCCAACUGCUUAUACAUCUAUUAUGGGUUCCAUGAAAGUUUUAUCCUUUAUUGCAGAUGGAUUCUAUAUAUAUUAUCCUAUGUUGGUGGUAAUUCUCUGCAUUGCUACUUAUUUUAGUUUGGGGACCCGUUGUUUGAAUCUGCUUGGUUUCCAGCAGUUCAUGGGAGAUAAUGAUAUGACAUCAGACUUAAUUGAUGAAGGAAAAGAAUUAAUUAAACGAGAGAAGAGAAAGCGGCAAAGGCAAGAAGAAGGUGAAAAUCGAAGAAGAGAGUGGAAAGAACGUUAUGGACACAAUAGAGAAGAUUCCACAAGGAACAGAAAUACAUAUAUGGAUCUAAAAGAGUCGAACUUCUCAGAUGUUAGUACUAACCGGUCGGUAUCCAAAUAUACCAGGGCCAAUAAUAAGGCUGAAAGGGACCGAAUAGAACUUCUCCAAGAUGCAGAACCUUUGGAUUUUAAUGCAGAAACAUUCACUGAUGACCCUCUUGAAUCUGAAUCAGGGAGGUAUCAGCCUGGUGGACGAUAUCUUUCAAUGUCUCACAAUGGAAUGUUUGAUGAUGUCUAAAGUUUGAAAAUAUUUUAUAGAACAACUAUCCAAGAUUGACACAGCAGUUCAGUCUUUAUGAACAUCUGUGUGCCGUAUGGUUUCCUUUGUACUCUCAGUGUAAAGUGUCAAGAUUGGAAAAUAAAAAAAGGCACUGAGAAUUAAUUACAUCCUAGAGUGAUAGUUAAUUAUUCUCUGAAUACAGUUAUUACCUUUGCUAAUAGGACUUAUUACCAUACAAUUUCCUAGGUGUCUGCCUUAGCAGUACAGUUAACAGUGGAAGUAUUUAAUUCAAGGUAAACAUCAGUAUAUGUUGAGAACAGGUAGUUCAGUUUGUUUCAGAUUAAUUUUUUUCAGGAGAGUUAUUUUAAGUGUCCAAGGAAGCCAUAAGUCUUAUUAAAUAAUAUUAUAUAGUUUUAUUAUUGUGAUUUAUAUUUUUGAUGUUUCUAAAAAUGUGUUCAAUCUGUAUUUCCCAAAGAAAUAUAAGUGAAUGGAGACCUCAACAAAUAACCAUAUUCAUAAUACCCAUGUCUUAAACCAAGGCUUACUUACCUAGACAUAACUGAAUGUAAAAAGCUAUUUUUCAAAUCUGUUUGCAAAUUAAUGUGGUUUCUUGCAUGUAUAGUUAAGAUUAUACUUCAACUGAAAGUGUCUUUAGCAUGUGUAUUAAAAUCAGGUGAUAUAUUGUUCUUUCAUCCUUCAUAGGAACUGGAUUUUAUGCUUUGGUAUUGCUUUGUAAGAUUUUCAUUUCAGAGAGAAUUAUUCACCUUAAUCAUAUAGCCUAUUUAUUUCGAUGUUGAUCAUUCCACACAAGAAAAAAUCUUAAGCAUUAAUGAUUGUUUUGUCUUGUUUUAUUUUUUUAAAUAGCCAAAUAGCCCUAGAAAAUUCUCUUAAAGUAUAGGUGGCUGUUUGGCCUUUUGGGGAAAAGUAUCUUAUAUUCAAUGGUAAAAACUAAAUCCAUUUAUUAUUAACACUUCAAAUUAUGUUUUUUAGAAAACAACACUAAAAAUAGAAACAUGUAACAAUAGCCCAUUCAUUAAACAUGCUUAUUAUUUUUAAUUUAUUGUUUUACUGUUGUGUUUAAGCCAAAGUUAGAUAUUAUUUUCAAACACCAGUGUUUUAUUAUAAAGUAAACAUGGUUGAGUGCAACAUGCUUGGAGAGAGUUUUUUAUGUCCCUAAAAUGUUUGCAACUCUUAUAGAAUCCAUCCUACGCUGAGUGACCAUACUUGAGCUUGCCAAAGGUAGUCUCAGCUUAACACCUGUUAUCCUGCGAGUACCAGUGCUUUCACUCUCAAGUGUCACCCUAACUACAUGAUUAUAUAUUUCUUGAAGGUAAUCUUACCUUGAGUCAUACGUUUAAAUUUUUUAUUUUCCUCUUAAUUUAAUGAGUACUUUCAGGUAAAUCUUUUAAAGCCACAGUUCUAUGCAGGUACUGAAAGGAAUAUCUAUUAUCCCAAUCAUUUAACUUUCUUGAUCUUUUAGUUUUUAUUAUUUUGAGAUUAGAUCCUCUUUAAAAUAAUUAGAACUGUAUAGAUUACUCUCAAUUGAAGGUUGUAGAACAUACUUACUUGAGGAUACACACAUACACACACACACACCCUUUUGUAUUGUGAAGUGUGGUCAGAGAGCAGCAGGCCAGGCAAAGGAAUUUCAUACUGCUGUUAAUUUUGUGAUCAACUCAUAGAAUGCUUUGGGCAAAUUGUGUAACCCUUUGGUGCCUCAGUUUCUUCAUUUGCAGAAUGAAGAUGACACUUGCCAUUUACCUACUGAUCUACCUCACAAAAGUGUUGUGAGGGAUUAGAGUUAUGUAUAGGCACUGGAGAUUAAAAAGACAAAACAAAUCCUUAGCUGUGCUGUGUUAUUUUCCUAAUAGUACUUGAAGGUAUUAGAAGAGGGAAAUGAUUGUCCCAGAAAGGGGUACAGUUUCUUAUAAUUGCAGAAAAUCUUAGAAAUCCCCAAAGCAAAAACUUUUUUU